GAGAUACUAGUAGCGGAAAAUACAAACACGAAAUGAAACUACUAACACAACAACAAAAACAGUAAUGAAAAACACGAUUGAGAACCGAAACCGAAAGGCAGAGGAGAGAACACUCGAGAGAACUUGAGAGGGUCGCCAAGAGCAUGCAAAACGCAAGAUCAGAAACUCCAUAGUACGGCACCAGUUAAAACAUGAGUCACGAGCCGGUAAUAUUGUACAAGUAUUCUUGAUAAAUAUAUACGAACUCUAAUUUUUUAAGUUGGUGGUUAUUGGAAAGAACAAGCAGAUGCAUUUAGUUAGUUAACUUUGAGACAAAUAUUUACUCUUUCCAUGUGAUGUGACUUUCUGAUAAGCUAUCACUUUCCCUCUAUCAGACUUAUGUUCCGUAUGGUGGGAUGCCUCAUUCAAGAAUGCCACUGCCUCCUGAGAUGGCACAAGACCCAGUUUACGUGAAUGCUAAACAGUACCAGGCGAUUCUGAGGCGAAGGCAGGCUCGUGCCAAGGCAGAGUUAGAGAAGAAGCUAAUUAAAUCCAGAAAGCCUUAUCUCCAUGAAUCUCGGCAUCAGCAUGCUAUAAGGAGGCCUAGGGGUAAUGGAGGACGGUUUGCAAAGAAAACGAACACCAAAGCUGCACAGCAAAAAGCUGGAGAAAAGAGAAAUGCUUGUCGUACUCAGUCCCCAACAUCAUCUAGCUCUGAUCAGCCUGAAGCUUGGAAUGAUGAGAAUAGAACACAAUCCAAGGAGAUGCAGAGCACAGCUUGUAAGAGAAGGAAAGAAGCAGACUGCUCAGGUCAGCAAUGGAACAUCAUUUCCUCAAAUCAUCCUUCUCAAGCUCGUCUAGCAAUCAAGUGACAUUGUCUAGAGGCAACUCAUUCUUGGCUUUCUCUUUGUUGGCUUUUUUUGAUACUUGUGCUCUUUUCUUUGGCUACUCUCUUUAGUAAACAUUUCUUAGCAAGUGAUAGAGGUUUGCCUCCCAAGACUUUGAAUCCAAAACUAUGUGAUUAAAUAACUAAAUACAAGAGUGUGCCAAAGUGAUAAGAGUAAUGGAAUACCACAAAAUCUUUCAAGACU